GUGGACUCCAGACCCCUCCUCCCCAGGCCAAAAGACUGCGCCCCCCGCCCCGACCUCUAUCCGGCUGCAUCUCCACACCAUUGGGACAGCUGUUCCUACCAGGUGGGGGCCGGAAUCUCACCAGCCUGGCACGGAGACCGAGGGUUGGGAUGGGCCCUGAGGGGAGAGGAACCCAGCCAAGGUCAGCCCCUUGGGAGGCCUGAAGCCCUUCCAGGCCCUGGGAGAGGCGAGAGGGAGAAAGGGAACUCACAGUCCCCACUGGCUGGCUGGGGUCCUGUUAUCUCCUUGCUUCCUCCCCGGCAGCCGAGCGCUAAAAGCCUGGGCAUCCUCAGACCCUUUGGAGACACACAGACCCAGAGAAGGCUGAUCCGUGGAGGCAGCAGCCUCCGGCCCAGGGCAGACGUCACCAUGGCCUUCCUGAUACACCUGCUGGUCUGUACCUUCGGGAUGGGCUCCUGGGUGGCCAUCAACGGGCUCUGGGUAGAGCUGCCCCUGCUGGUAACGGAGCUGCCCGAGGGCUGGUACCUGCCCUCCUACCUCACAGUUAUCAUCCAGCUGGCCAACGUCGGCCCCCUGCUGGUCACCCUACUCCAUCACUUCCAACCCGGCUGCCUUUCCGAGGUGCCUAUCGUCUUCACUGUGCUGGGGGUGGGCACCAUCGCCUGCACCCUCUUCGCCUUCCUCUGGAAUGUCACCUCCUGGGUGCUGGGCAGCCACCACAGCAUCGCCUUUCUGGUCCUCACCUUCUUCCUGGCCCUGGUGGACUGCACCUCCUCCGUCACCUUCCUGCCCUUCAUGAGCAGGCUGCCCACCCACUACCUCACCACCUUCUUUGUGGGUGAAGGACUCAGCGGCCUCCUGCCUGCCCUGGUGGCUCUCGCCCAGGGCUCGGGUCUCACCACCUGUGUCAACAUCACUGAGACGCCAGACACCACCCCGAUCCCUGAGACCACCAGGAACACGGACAGCCCACAGGGAGCUAGCAGCACUUUGGUGUCUGAGCUCGCUAGGACAGCACCCUCCGUGGUCCACCUGGAAAGCCACUACCUCCCCGCCACCUUCUCGCCCUUCGUCUUCUUCCUCCUGCUCUCCUUCAUGAUGGCCUGCUGCCUCAUUGCUUUCUUUUUCCUCCAGCGUCUACCCAGGCGCUGGGAAGCUUCCAUAGAAGACCUCCUCACCUCUCAGGUCACCCUCCACUCCAUCCGGCCGCAGGAAGGGAAGGACCUGGGCCCCCCAGGCCCGGAGGACAGUGGCAAGGGCCAGGAGCCUCUGGAGGAGAAGACAGCCCCCCGGCACCUGGCCCACCUGACCUUCAUCUACAUCCUGGUGGCCUUUGUGAACGCGCUCACCAACGGCGUGCUACCCUCCGUGCAGACCUACUCCUGCCUGUCCUAUGGGCCUGUGGCCUACCACCUGUCCGCCACCCUCAGCUCCAUGGCCAACCCUCUCGCCUGCUUCCUCUCCAUGUUUCUGCCUAACAGGUCUCUGCCAUUCCUGGGGGUCCUUACAGUGCUCGGGACCGGCUUUGGGGCCUACAACAUGGCCAUGGCCGUGAUGAGCCCCUGCCCCCUCAUGCAGGGCCACUGGGGUGGAGAAGUCCUCAUCGUGGCUUCGUGGGUGCUGUUCAUUGGCUGUCUGAGCUAUGUCAAGGUGAUGCUGGGCGUGAUCCUGCGUGACCGUAGCCGCAGCGCCCUCUUGUGGUGCGGGGCGGCGGUGCAGCUGGGCUCGCUCCUCGGAGCGCUUAUCAUGUUCCCACUGGUCAACGUGUUGAGGCUCUUCUCAUCCGCUGACUUCUGCAGCCUGCAGUGCUCCACCUAGGCCAACUGAAGUGGCGUGGUCCAUCACAAGGCCCCGCCCCCAUGACUAACACCCGGAAACUGGGACCCCUCGAGGCAAGGCGUGUGCCCAAGGUCGCAGAGCCAGUGGUAGGGAGCUAGGAGGCAGAGCUCUUUAACUGAUUUGCAGCACCCUGCUGGAGGAUGUUAGAAGCGGAACAGCUGGGAGGUUGAGCUGCCCAUUAUAAGCUAUGUGACCUUGGGGAAGUCACUUGAUUGCUCUAUCCCUCUGUUUCUUCAUCCAUAAAAUGGGGAUUAUAAGAAAUAACACCUACUUCAUAGGUUUGGCACAGGGAUAAAAUGCAGAAGCACCCAGCACAUCCUGAUCUGACGCCCAACAGUACUAACAGGAGUGACAAUCUACAAAGCCUAGAAGUGGCCAGAGGCGUUGAGAGAUGACCCCUUCCCCAUAUCCUUUUUCCCCCAUUGUCUCAGAGAAGCUUCUAGAAGACAGAUGGCUAACGGUGGAAUCUCAGGCACCUUGGCUUCCCAAUUCCCACUAUGGAGGAACAUUGCACCCCUUCCUGUCACCCCUGCUGACCCAGGAAGGCCCACUCCUUGGAGAUUAAGUGACCUCCUAAGAGGCAGAGAGAGGAUUGGGGCGGAGGGGCCACAGCAAGACUCUGAACGUGAGUCCCCCCACCCCAUUCACCGGCCGACACUGAACUGGGAGGCAGUCCUCUGAACUGGGGGGAGGAGGAGAGUGGGGAAGAGUAUGUUAGCUACCUGAUAGUUUUUUGGUUUUACUUUUUGUUUUUCUUUUUUUAAAUAAAGACAUUCCCUGCUUUUACACUAAGGUCAGCCUUCCAAGAAAAAGUCCAGCAUGAACACCAAAAAAAAAGUUUCAAUAUAAUCAGCUUUCAGUUGGUUCUAAGGUCAAGGCUGAGCUCAGAAAUAAACAGAAUCAAGGGCUUAGAGAA